AGCAUCCAUGACACCAAAGCAAUGGUGCUGCACUAUUCAGAUGCGCACUACUUACACAUGGUUGCGCGCACAUCCGCGUAAAUAAAGAUCCCCACUAUUGUUAUUGACUCACCAUCUCUGCUGAAAUCAUUUAUGGAUCUUACUCGCUCUGCUUCACACGAGACCAACACGCGGCUCUUAUGGAAGAUCCGCCCCCUCGCCGGCGUCCACUUUACUGGCGGAAGUGACCGUUUGGUGUCAGUAGAAAGAGAACCAUGGAUGAGCACCGAGACAGCGACAGCGCGCCCCCCUCACCCACACGCUUCAGACGCACGCGCUCGUUGGUUCCUGUCGGUUAUAAGACAGAAAUCAAAGAGCUGGCCAAGUUAGCCGGACCGGUGAUGAUCGCGCAGCUGAUGAGUUUCGCGGUGAGUUUUGUGAGUACAGUUUUCUGCGGUCAUCUGGGGAGGACGGAGCUGGCGGGAGUGUCUCUGGCUAUAGCAGUGAGCAAUGUGACAGGUGUUUCCAUUGGGGUCGGUUUGGCUUCAGCAUGUGACACUCUGAUCUCUCAGACAUAUGGGAGUGGAAACCUGAAGAAAGUGGGGGUCAUCCUUCAGCGGGCCGUCCUCAUCCUGUUGCUGGCAUGUUUCCCCUGCUGGGCCAUUCUCAUCAACACCAAAUCCAUCCUGCUGGCUGUCAGGCAGGAGCCAGAAGUCGCCAGUUUGGCUCAGCUGUACGUGAAGAUCUUUAUGCCAGCACUUCCUGCUGCAUUCAUGUUUUCAUUACUGUCCAGAUAUCUACAAAAUCAGGGAAUUAUAUGGCCACAAGUAAUCACAGGCUUUUUGGUGAACCUCCUUAACGCCCUCAUUAACUACCUUCUUCUCUUUGUCUUGAAAAUGGGAGUGGCAGGUUCUGCUUUGGCAAACACCUUAUCUCAGUUCUCCAUGGUUGGGAUUCUUUAUGCGUACAUCGUUUGUCGAGGCCUUCACAAAGCCACGUGGGCAGGCUGGUCCAGAGAGUGUCUCCAGGACUGGGGCUCAUACAUCCGUUUAGCCAUCCCCAGCAUGGUCAUGAUGUGUGUCGAGUGGUGGACCUAUGAGAUUGGAGGCUUUCUGGCAGGUCUUGUAAGUGAAGUGGAACUUGGAGCUCAGUCGAUUGUCUUUGAAUUGGCUAAUGUUGCUGUUAUGUUUCCUUUGGGUUUCAGUGUUGCUGGUAAUGUUAGAGUUGGAAACGCCUUGGGAGCUGGAGAUACAGAGCAGGGCAAGCUGUCUGCUAAACUCACACUCUUCUGUGCAGUGUUGGUGUCUGUGGGCAUGGCUUCACUCAUCGGAGGCCUGAAGGACCACAUCUCUUAUGUCUUCACAAACGACGAGAAAAUCCGAGAAAGAGUCUCAGACGUCAUCCCUUUCUAUGUUCCGUUCUUGCUCUUAGAUGCAACAUCUGUUGCUUGUGGUGGCAUCAUAAGAGGAGCUGGUAAGCAGAAAGUAGGCGCCAUAUGCAACAUUGUGGGAUAUUAUGGAAUUGGGUUUCCUGUUGGAAUCCCACUCAUGUUUGCCACCAAAUUAGGAAUUAAGGGGCUGUGGACAGGCCUCUGUACCUGUAUGUCAGUGCAAUGCACUUUCUUGAUUUUCUAUAUGAUACGAGUGGAUUGGAAGGAUGUCACAGUGGAGGCUCAGGUCAGAGCAGGAGUGUGUGAGAGCGACACUGAAACAAGUCCUGAACCAGAGGAUGCAGAGAUCUACAGCUGCCCCCCUGACACCACCCAGCUGGAAGACACAGACACUCUUCCGGUUGUUGUAAAGGAUCAACUCGACUUCAGGAAUCUGGUUCUGCGCAGAGGCUUAGCUUUGGCUGUCAUGUUAUUCAUCCUGGCUGUUGGAAUCAUUUUAAAUCUGCUUAUCACUAAUUUAGUCACAUGACUUUGAGGCUUUCGUACUCCGUGUAGCGACUUCUUAGUGCUCAACACGAGGUGAAGGUUUGCACUGCAGCACUAAAGCAGGGCAGGAGGCGCAUACGAGCUGGAGGCGGAGCACGCCGAAAGAUCAACUAUUGAGAUGUUUCUCUGAAAGCACAUUGUCCUGUGGCUGUGCUCAUGUUUGUAUCACAGCCACAAAGAGAGGUGAGUCGAGCUAAAGAGUGUUCGACAGCCAGGGUGUACUUGAAACAAUAAAAUCAAACGUUCUUGCCGUCUGUGA